CGUUUGCCCAUUUUUUUUAGUGUUCAUAAUUUUGGAAAGUCUGGUCAUCCAAGAAAUAUGUACUCCUUAGUACCCAUGUUAUAAGGAUCGGAGUAAACUUUCCCGUGCAUAUAUGAACCCAUCCAAACACCUCAAGCUCUUCAGGGAGUGUAUAAAUUCUGGGGAUUUGUCGCAUGCUCGGAAGCUGCUCGACAAAAUUCCUGACUCAGAUUUAAGGUCAUGGACCAUACUGAUUUCAGCUCAUACCAAACGGGGUCAUCCGAAAGAAGCAAUACGAGUCUAUGAUGAACUGCUAGUCCGCAAUGUGCGUCCUGAUCGGUGGGCGUUACUGUCAGUUGCCCAGGCUUGUGGCUUUGCAAGGGACCUAAGAAAGGCAAAAGAGAUUCACGAAGAUGCCAUUCGAUUCGGGUUUCGGUCCGAGCUGGUGAUUGGGAAUGCGCUGAUUGACAUGUACGGCAAGUGCAGACACUCUGAAGGCGCAAGAAUGGUUUUUGAUGAUUUAGCUGUGAAGAAGGAUGUCAUUUCUUGGACGGCGAUGUGUUCUUGCUACAUGAAGUGUGGUGUUCCGAGAGAGGCGAUUCAGAUUUUCCGUCGGAUGAUGCUUUCUGGUGUUUCGCCAAACUCUUUGACAUUGUCGUCUGUUCUUCCAGCUUGCUCGCGCCUGAAGUACUUAGCUUUGGGCAGAGAGAUCCAUGGGCAUGUUAUCAGGAAAGGAAUGGGAGACAACGUGUUCAUAAGCAGUGCAUUAGUGGACAUGUAUGCCAGUUGUUCAAGAAUCAUGAAAGCAGAAUUGGUGUUCCUUAGCAUGCGUAAGCGUGACGAUGUUCUGUGGAAUGUCGUUCUGUCGGCAUAUUUAUCACAUGGGGAAUGUGAGAAGGCAAUGCGUCUUUUUUCCCAGAUGAGAAACGAACUUGGCGUCGCACUGAACCAGGAUACCUGGAAUGCUGUUAUCAGUGGGUUCGCGCAGUGUGGAGAAACAAAAAAAUCAUUUGAAUUGCUAGCAGAAAUGCAGAAAUCAGGGACAAAACCCAACUUAAUCACAAUCACUGCAGUCGUUCCUAUCUGCACGAAUCUGGGAAGCUUGAAAGCUGGGAAGGAGAUUCACUGUUUUGUCUUCCAUCACGGAUUCCUCAAUGACAUCACUUCAGCCACAGCUUUGGUGUUCUUGUAUGCAAAGUGUGGUUCUCUGGAACUAUCAAGAAGAACCUUUGAUCUGAUGCUUGGAAAAGACACUGUUGCUUAUAACACGAUGAUUUUCGCGAAUUCAAUCCAUGGGAAUGGAGAGGAAGCCGUUUUGCUUUUCAAUGAGAUGAUAAGUUCUGGUUUGCAGCCAAACACGGCGACCUUUACAGCUGUACUGUCUGGGUGCAGCCACUCGCGGCUAGUUGAUGAGGGCCAAAUGAUCUUUCAUUCAAUGGCUAAAGAUCAUGGAGUUGAACCAGAUGAACAACACUAUUCCUGUUUGGUUGAUGUUCUGAGUCGCGCUGGUCGUUUGGAAGAAGCUUAUUGUUUCAUUAAAGAAAUGCCCAUGGAGCCAAGUGCCACUGCAUGGGGAGCAUUGCUUGCUGGAUGUAAGGUAUAUAAGAAUGUCAGGUUGGGACAAGUUGCUGCAAAUCAGUUGUUUUUGGUUGAGCCAGAAAACCCAGCAAAUUAUGUCAUGUUAUCAAACAUCUUUGAAGCUUCAAAGCUAAGGGAAGCGGGAUUGAAAACCAGGGAGCUGAUGAGAGACAGAGGAAUUACCAAAACGCCCGGAUGCAGCUGGGUUCAGGUGAAGAACAAGACGCACACGUUCGUUUCUGGGGAUAAAACCCAUGUCGAGAGCGAAAAGAUUUACAGAUUUCUGGAAGAAAUUCAAGAGAAGAUGAGAAUGGCGGGGCGUCUACCGCAUACUGAUUAUGUUCUUCAGGAUCUUGACACAGAGGAGAAGGAAUUGAGUUUGUGCCAUCAUAGCGAGAAGCUUGCCGUUGCCUACGGGAUACUGAAUUUGAAAGGGGUUUCAACUCUUACUGUCUUUAAGAACUUGAGGAUAUGUGGAGAUUGCCAUGACACCAUCAAGUUCAUAGCAGAAUCUUCUGGGGUUAGGAUAGUUGUGAGAGAUUCUUUAAGGUUUCAUCACUUUAAGGAAGAUGGCUUAUGUUCCUGCAAUGACUUCUGGUGAAGCCAUCCAGCCACAGUUCAGAUGUGUUGUUUUAAUGGUAAGCAACUUAUUGUAUCUAUGUUCAAUAUAAUGUGAGAAAUUCA